CCGUUAUUUCAAAAACAUGGUCCCCUGUCAGCACUGAAAUAUUUUUAUAAUAAUUUUAAGUAAACAUGUAUAUUUAAAUAUGUACCUGCCUUACUUCCUUUUAAUUUCAACAUUGAUGAUGAUCGUUGAUGGUGGGUUCACAGUGAAGGGUUCCUCAGGACCUCUGGUUGUUCCUCUGGGAGGUUCAGUGGUUCUGCCCUGUUCUGUUGAUUCACUCUUACCACUGAAAGAUCUGGAGGUGGAAUGGAGAAGAUCAGACUCACAGACUCUCAUUCAUCUGUAUCAAGAUGAAGAUAUCAGACCAGAGUCUCAACAUCAAGAUUAUCAUAAUAGAGCUCAUUUCUUCACUGAAGACAUUAAACAUGGAAACUUCUCCCUACUGUUGAACAAUCUGACAGCUGAAGAUGAGGGACAAUACACAUGUAAAGUUUACACUGGACAAGAGUCUGAGGAAACAGUCAUUGAAGUAAAAUUCAGUGAGCAUUUGAUAUUAUCAGGAUCAAGUCAGUCGAUAUCAGCGUAUGUUGGUGAUGACGUCACUCUGAGCUGCUCUGUGAACUCUCACAUCAAACCUGAAGAGAUUGAAGAGGUUUCAUGGAGGAAAACAGAUAAAGAUGAAGACAUCCUAGUUCUUCUAUACCAAGACAAUGAGGUUUUAUCAUAUGCAUCAGAUGAGCGAUACAGAGACAGAGUUGAGUUUUUCACUGAUGAAAUCCACAGAGGAAACUUCUCUCUCAGACUGAAGAGAGUCAGAACUGAAGAUAAAGGAGUUUACAUCUGUCAAGUGUUUACUGGAGAACUUUCAGCAAACACAACUGUUAAACUGGAACAACUGGGCUUCUCAUUUUUACACAUCAUGGUGUUAAUUCUCUGUAUUACUGCCUGUGGAUUUGCUCUUCUGUUCUGCUCUCUCAUCUACUGCACAUCAAAUAAAAAAGACACCAGCAGAAUUCUCCAGGCUCUCACGGUGUCUCUUGUCAUUUGUCCAAAUAUUUGUUUGUUCAUUGCUUUCAUCAUCUGGGGUGUAACUGAGGGAUUUCUAAAGGAAACCAUCACUUGCAGUGCACUUUUUAUUCUCAGGCCUGCCAUGUUGUUUUGGGCUGUGCCUUAUUUAGAUGAUCUUCAAGAUAGCACUAAACCAUGGAUUAAGUUUUCAACUAUAGCAAGAGAAUCUGCUGCAUUAACAGUCAUUGUUUACUCAGUUAUCUUUACAUAUGCCUGGAAACAGAUACUUUAUAGAGAAACAGAUAUACGUUAUAUAUUUGGAGGAUCCUUUGUAUUUAUGCUACUAAUCUGUCUAUGCAUGUUCCCUGGAGAUAUCUGUGGAACAACAAGAAGUGGAUUUAAGUUGUUUUCUUUACUUCCAUUGGCAUUUGUGCAGACUUUAUUUCUGGUUGAUUUAUUUAAAGUUCCUAGUCCGGAUUAUAUGGAUUUGACCUGUGUUUUAUUUCUGGCAGUUUUGUUUAUCCUGGUGAUCUUUGAACUCAGUGAUCAUGUUCGUCUGCACAAUGCAACUGUGUUCAUUUUGGGAGCUGUUGGUAUUAUUUCUUUGAACUCUGUUACACUGGCAGCAGAGCUGAUUCUAAAAAGACGAAAUGGUGAGCGUGCAAUAGGAGAUCUCAGAGUCAUUGUUUUUCCAUCUGAAUGUGCUUUUGUCUUAUGCUGGCUGUUUUUUUUAUCAUAUGCUUGCUGCUGUGCAACUUUUAAAUCUGUACACAAUCAAAGGACGCAAAGACAUCGAAUACCAGAGAACACAUCAGAGAGUCAUGAAAUGGAGCGUUUCUCAGUAGAGUUGUAGACAAAGUCAAACACACUCAUGUGUAUGUAUUCUGUGCCAAGUGUGGUGCGCUACAAUAUGGCUGCAAAUGCCAAGAAUCAAUUAUGAUGAUCCCUUAAUGGUUUUCGAAAAAAUCUCCUGAGUCUUUUGUUUCACUUGACUUUCUCACUAAGGAUGUACUCACAUUAUGGGUACCAUACCCGAGUACGUUUUACACCAAAGUACGGUUCGUUUAGCUAGUGUGACGCUCCGUAUGUACCAGGGUGUGGUAAGCUUGAGCAUACACUGGUACGUUUGCAGACAUAGAUAUGUAUAUAAAGGCUAGAUGGCUCAAGGCGGAGUCCCUAACGUCAUCACCUGGCGGCCAU